AUGGCGUCCCAAACACCAGACCCAAAGACCUAUUAUGGCUAUCUAUUUAAGGAGGAUAGGGAGCCGACCGAGACGUUAGAUGCCCUCUUGAGGGCCAUCGCCCGGUAUAUAAGUUUGGAAAUCGACGAUAAGACGCAGACCAAAUUAACACCCAAGAAAAUAGCAGCAUACUACCGUGCUGCUGGCGGCAAUUAUGACAGCUUAUUCCUCAGCAUGGAGGGCGAGACGAUAUCUUACAUCUUUAGUACAAUUGGAUGCCAGCACACGCUACAACCAGUUCCCGAAGACGACUUCAGACCUCCGUGCAUACCAGCUCUAACGACCCGUGGCUUCGUCCGAUGGCAGUCUGUCGAGCUGCUGUUGUCGCCGUCCAUAAACGUUCCGCUUCUCCAGUUCGCAGUAGAAAACUGGCACCUGAAGCAUCCCGAUACCGGGGAGCCGUUCCCUUCUCCGCUACCGGCCGAGGCCUUCCCGAGUGAGCCCGACAAGAAGAUUAAAAAAUGGUGGGAGGACAAGUUGGAGUCGUUCAGGGAGCAUGACCCAUCCGCGGAAGAGGGGCCAGAACCGGAACCAGAACCUGAGCGAGAGCCACGGCCACAUGUCAAAACGAAAUCGCCCAGUUCGUCCGGAUCGCGGACCUCCCCACGGCGAGCGAGAGCUGUCCACGUGAGCAGCAGCGAUGAGUCGGCGGAGAGCGAGCCUAUUAGGGGCCGGCCAAGAGGCGCUGGAGGCGUCAACUAUGUCUUUGCCGAGCGUCCGGCCCCAAGGCAUCAUCCUGAUACCUUCGUCUCUCCCACGUUCAAGGACGAGCACAUCCCCCAGAGGCGUAGGAGCCUUUCGAUGCGCACAUCGCCCACUAGGCGCCGGUCCCCCGAUAUCCCCCGGCAACGACCUUUGAGGAGGAAGCCUAGUCCCAAGGUUGCGCCCGUCAUAAUCCCUUCAGACGAAUCGCCAAGCCCGACGAUGCGCUCGAGAGCAACUUAUGGCAGCGAUCCAACGCUACACAAGCUCCCUCUGCGGUCCUCCGUCCGCCAUGUACCGCCUGGACACGGAUCGCCUCACCAUGGGUCACCUCACCAUGGGUCGCCUCGCAGGGGUUACUCGCCUGGCUUGCGACCCCCUGUUGAUACUAGGCACGACGAUAGACGGAAGAGUUUUCCAUUUGGGGGAGUAGAUAAGCUGAUGAACACAGUCUCGAGCAUGCUCUCAAGAACCCCCGAAAGGCGGCGGAGUUCAUCGAGGACAAACUUGCACGGGGCAAACAAUUACAGUCGCGAUGACGACUACGGACACCGCCUUGAUCGACACUCACCUGAUGCCGACGACUCCGACGCCGAUUCUUCUGAGAGAGGGCGAAGGCGUAGGCAGAAAGAAUGGGAGAGGGAUCGAGAUCGAGAUCGGUUCAGGGCGGAGCCGCGUGGCAAAGAGAGAUAUGAUCUGGAUAGAGACCGCGAUUACGAGAGAGAUAGAGACGGACUUCGAAAUAGAGGUGAUGGCCUCCGAGAGAGGGAUCGAGAGCGCGAGCGCGAGAGAGACCAUAUUUACGACGAUAGACCGCUACGGCCGGCGCCGCGCAGGGGGAGUCCGUACCGGCGCAUGACAAGCCAUGAUGCAGAGAGGAGGCACCCACCGGAUGAUUGGAUGGAGUUCGAGGCAGAGAGAGGUGCACCGAGGCAUGGGCCUCCUAGGAGGCGGAGAGAAGGGCACGCCUAUCGUGAUGGCAGAGACUAG